AUGAAGUUCAGCGCCCGCACGUCUCAGUGCUGUGUGAGGGCUCAGAUUGUGGGGUUGUACCACAGUCUGAACACGCUGUUGGAGGACCUGCCCACCGUGCGGAGCUCCCACUUCAUGCAGGGCGGGGCGAGUGAGCAGAAGAGCGCCCGGGACUCGGAGCUGGGCCUCCGCUCUGACCCCAGGAGUUUCCAGUCCCGGCCCAGGCGUGUACUCUCUGAGGAUGGCAGGACUCUCCUCAACCUGUGGUUCAUCCCCCACUUCUCUGAGGUGCUCCUCAUGUUCCGGGCUCUGGAGGAGGCAGCCUGCCAAAGGGCCCUUAAUCAGACCCUCGAGAUAGCGUCUGCUCUCCAUGACAUCAUCUACUAUCUGGUCAGCUUUGCUCGCCUCGGCAACAGCCCCACCGCCUCCCACUCUAGGACAGGACAGCGUCUCACUGCUGACUGGGGAGGCACAGAAGGCAUCGGGGCGGAGCUAUGGGACAUCCAGAGGCAGAUUGACAGCCUUGAUGACCCCACCAGUCCAGAGGCAGUGGGGCGUCUGCUCCGGCUGCGCAGAGAGGUGCUGUUCCUGCAGUUUGACGCAGCCGUGCGUCAGCGAAUCAGGGAGAGUUUUCUGUCCUCUGGAGACUGUGCAGCCUAUCAGACAGUGACUGACAACAUGGGCCACGCCCUCCCGCUGUUGAGUGACAGCGUGGGCGGCAGUGUGUACAGCUCCCAGCUGCCCCUGCCCCAGCCCCUGGAGCCACACAGCCCCCAGGCCCAGAGGCUGUUUCCAUGGAGAUGCUUUCUUGGACAGCAUGGCACAUUCCCGUUGGCCAUCUGUGAUACCCUGCCCAUUGAGUACUGCAUGCAGCUGUGUUUCAGCGGCCUCAGAGACCGCAGCAGGAUGGUGGCGAACGGGGAGAUUCUGGGAGUGUCCCUCCUGACGGAGGACAUCCUCAACUGCGGACGAGAUGCUGCUCCGUUUCGACUGCAUGUUGCUGGGGACAACGACCCCCAGCAAGGGGACGAGGCAGAGGGUGUAUCUGAGACAGAGAGCGGUGGGGGUGUGGAGGGGGCGGCGUUCCUCUCGGCUCCACACAGGGACCCUCUGCAGAUGUACUCUGUGCUGAGGGCGUUCCUGCUGCUCUGGAAGCAGCUGGAGGUGUUCAGGGACAGCUGGGGCCGGCGGCAGCUGGGCGUGGAGCAGAUCAACACGCCCGCGCUCUACAAGCGAUUCUCCAGGCUCUACAGAGCAGAGAUUUUAUACCCCAGUAUGAGAGCUGUGGCCCGCAAGCUCGGCAGAGAGGAUGAGUACGGGUCGCCCCUGACCGACACCCAGCCUGUUACCCCUCCCACCGGAGCAUCAGAGGUGGACAUCAAGACACAACAGCUUCACAGGCUGCUACAGUGCACUGAGAGCGACAUGAUCAUCGCGGUGCAGAGGAGAAUCGCCCGGGAGCUCAACCUGGUCAUCUCAGAGCGAGCGCGGCAGGACACAGGCCUUCCUACUGAGCUGUGGAAGAGGGGCCCUGUGCAGCACAUCUUCUCCCCGGAGAGGCCGCUGAUCCUGGAGAACUUCAUCCAGCAGCUGAUGGAGGGCGGGGAGCAGGCGGAAGGGAAGGUGACGUUCUCCCAGGCUCACCUGCGGGCGUGCCUCACAGCCCUGGGCUGUGCUGUGAUGGGCCGAGAGAGGAGCUGCUUCCAGGCCUACUCCCUGUUCUACGAGCACAUACUUCAGCAGGAGGGACACCUGCUGUAUCAGAGAGAGCAGGAUGUGAAGGCACUGGAGGCGUCACAGAGGCAGGACCAUGGAGCUGACAAUCAGUCCCAGGUGGCGGAGCUGUGUCGGGGGAUGAUGGCGGAGAUCACCGCCCUUCGCAGCAGGGUGGCCCACAUGGAGGAGGACCAGACGGCCCUGCAGCAGCAGCUCAGCACCCAGUACCAGCAGCGCUACGAGGCCCUGAUCCGACACCUCUUCUCCACCUGCGUUCAGCUGAAGCGCAGGCAGGAUGAGUACCAUGUGAGGAUGGACCGGGACGUGGGCCAGCUGGUGGGCAGGGUGAGGAGGGAGGCGGUGGCCAGCAUGGAGAAGCUGAAGAAGAGGUUCGGCUCCACCAAAGACGAAGAUCUGCGGGCCACGCUGUCCAAGCACACAGACCUGCAGGCCCUGCGGGAGGAGAACAGCCAGCUGGUCGGCCUCAUCUGCAAAAUGAGGGCCCUGAGCCAAUGGAAGAAGAGCACCAGUGAGGGCAAACUGCGCAGCCAGCUGCACCAGUGCAGACAGGAGGCCCUUCUGCUUCAGAAGGAGAGCGUUACAGUGCAAACGGCAUCGGAGGAGGAGGUGAGGAUUCUCCAGCAGGAGCUGGAGGCGGUGAGGAGGGCCCUGGAGCAGUGCCAGGAGGAGUACAACAGCACCAGAACGCUGCUCCAAAAGCAGGGGCAGCAGCUGCAGGAGGCGGAGCACCGGCAGGCGCAGGAGGAGCGCAGCCGGCAGCAGCUGGACGGGCUGCGAGCGCAGACCCUGCAGUGCCUGCAGGAGGACGUCAGCAGCAGGGAGAAGCAGCUGCGCAGCCUCAGUGCGCAGAUGGAGCAGAGCAGCCGGGACAGCCGUCUGCAGCGGCUGCGCAGUCAGCAGGAGCUCAGGCGGGUGAGGAGCCAGCUCCUUCAGGAGCGCAGCCUCAAACAGGAUGCCUUCCAGAGGGUGGACGAGCUGCAGAGCCAGGUGUACGAGGCCGAGGCCGUCCUGUUCAGGGGAAGCCCCGCCCCAGGAGGGAACAGGAAGUGCCAGUCUGUCGCCAGCAGCAGGAGAGCACUGUCAGGUCUGCUGUCAGGUCUGUUUUCAGGUCUGCUGCGGUUCAGUCAGUCUCUUCCUCUCCCAGCUCUGUGGUUACGGCGCAGACAGAUACAGAUUUGA